UCUCCUCAUGUGUGUCCUUCCUCCCUUGACCUUCGGAGCUCUAGUUAUUCCGUCGCUCUAAACGAAGGGAAGGGAGGAAAAUGAUGGGAGAAAGGAGGAAUUUUUUGUUCCAUAAUCCACUCCUUUUCCCAUCAGAUUUGUCCUGAAUUCCGGUGCGGGUUUGCUGAUCGAUGCCGGAAAACUUCGCCGCAGGUAGCUAAAUUGUGCUGCAAAAAGAGCUGCUUCUUCUGUAAACAACUUGGUGAUCGUGUGUGUAGGUGACAGAAUCGUCUCUAGGGAUUGCUUCUUUUAAGCAAUUUGGAAAGUUGAUGGGUAUAUUAGAAGCUUAGGGUGAUAAGAAUCGCUACAGCCAAAUUCUGAUGCCAGAAUCCAUUACUUGGGUUCAGAAAGUAGCAUUGGGUGAAUAUCCAAAAUGUAAGAGAUGGAGGGGGAUGCGUGUUUUAGAGGUUAUACAAUCCAUAUGACGGACAACCAUGGCGUACCAUAUCCAUUUGGUCUCUAGUUCAUGUGCCUUGGUAUGUAUAUGAUCUAAUAGGAGAGGAAUUGUUUGUGGAGUUUCUUCAAGAUUGAGCCACUUUCACACAAAAUGGAUCGAGGACGUAUAAAAAGAGAUGGUUGUAACAAUUACCAGAAUUUCCAUUCAGGCUAUGAAGAUCUGACAUGUCUUCUUGGUCUGAGAAGAUCAGUUUCUACAGUAUAUUCUGAGGUUUCAAAUUCUAGUUUGGCCACAGGGCAAGUGACGGAUGUCAAGUGCAUGGGAUACUACGCUGAUCAGAGUCAGACCAACAAAAGUCCUACUGAGGAUGAUCAGAGGGUGUCUGACAAGUAUCGGGAUGAGCAUUCUGAAACCUGUUCAUUUUUACGGCCAAUUCAAGUUUGUCGUCACGACUGUCAGGGAUCUGCAGCCUCGAGUAGCCCUCAGUCUGGGAAGUUGAAGCUCCUGUGCAGCUUUGGUGGAAAGAUCUUGCCAAGACCGGGAGAUGGGAAAUUGAGGUACGUCGGUGGUGAAACUCGAAUUGUUUCCAUGGGUCAGAAUGUUACAUGGAAAGAACUGAUGCAUAAAACUUUUGGCAUUUGCAAGCAACCUCAUACGAUCAAGUAUCAGCUUCCAGGUGAAGAACUAGAUGCUUUGAUAUCUGUUGCUUCCGACGAGGACCUGCAGAAUAUGAUGGAAGAGCACUAUGGGGUUGAAAAGGCUGAUGCUUCACAGCGACUCCGAUUAUUUCUUAUCUUUCUCAAUGAGUCUGAGAACACUUGUCUAGAUUCAUUAGGACUGCAGAGCAACUCAGAGUAUCAGUAUGUUGUCGCCGUUAAUAACAUGCUAGACCCGAGCCCGAGAAAGAACUCGAGAAGAAAUAGCUUCUCAGGUCAAAUGGGAUGUCAUCUGGAUGAUUCUCCAAGUUUGCACAAAGAGUCUCCUUCUUGUCCUCAAUUCGAUGCACUCGAUGGGGCGAAGGCCCAAAACGGUAUCGGAAUCUUCAAUCAUCAUCUUUCCCCUCAGUUCUUUAUUAACUCUCCAAGUGGACUGAAGUCCCCAUUCCAAUCACCUCCUUUUUCUCCAAAGCCAAUUCAGCAACGAGAUACGAGAUAUCCUCAGGAGCAAUCCGUGGAUGAUCAGAUAAAGCCCCUGCAACCAUUGGGGAGUUAUUAUGUUUUCGAUACAGGGUAUUCUCCAAGUGCCGCAGGAGCGAAGCUUCAUGAUAACUCACAUACUGAUGUUGAUCUGCCACUCAGAUCCCAUGCGGGAGCACCAUUACAAGAUCACAGUCAGAUGAAAGGCUUGGUUAAGCCACUGUUUACCCACAGUGAAACCAACCUUGCUGCAUAUCCUCGUUGUGAAAUACCUCCUGCAAUGGAUAUAUCUUUUGAUUCAAAAAGACAUCUUGGACGGGCAGCAGAAAACUUGGGUUGGGUAACAGGAUCAGAUGUUUCACUCGCUGCGUUUCAAAUUGCGCCUCAUGAGUGUUCUGAUUCAUUUCUUCAGAAUCAGCAUGAAACAAUGAAACCAUACACGAAGGUAUCACCAUACUCUGAGCUACGCAUAGGUAACUUGGAGGAAGGAUCAAGGCCACGACCGAGUCUUCUCUUUGAAUCGCAAGGAACCAUGCCUACCGAUGCUCAGGUUCGCUUUUCUCAGCAGCCAGAGCUAUGUGGUAUAAAUUAUUUUCAUUAUCAGACUCUAGAUUUUACAGAUAAGGAGCAUCGGAAUAAAGAAUUGGUAGAUCAGGAUUUGCUACAUGGAUGUUCUUAUGAUAAUAUUAUGCAGGCUAUACACCCUCAGGAUAACAAGACUCGUCAAAAUAAUCGUUCUGAAGAAUCAGAAACUUCCAUUAAAGAAUGCAGAUUGCUUGAAGCUCGUCUUUCUUCUGAAGAGUUAGAGGCGCUAGAAACCUCUGUUCCUGCAUCUUCAAUCGUUUUAACUUCUGAUCCAGAUAAUCAUAUGGAGCACUGUUCUAGUGAGCAAAUCGAUGGAUGCAUACAAGACAUAUCUGUGAAAAUUUGUGGAAAGGUUAAUGGUCAGCAUGGCGAAUCAUUUCAGCUGUUAAAUUGUGAUUUUGCAUGUGAAGGUGGAAACACCAUUGCUGUAUCUCCUGUUCCCUGGCCUAAGGAUUCUUUAGAAACAGUGAACCAGAAGAAAUCUGCCGAACAGAUGGCUAGAGAAAGCUCUGGUGACAGAGACUCAAAUGGCGUAGUCGACAUACCAUCAAAUGCCCCUGUCUCUCAUUUUCCAUCUGUCAUAAUAUCUCAGAAUAUGAAGAAUAACCAAGAAUAUGGUGAUCUCGACCAGGACUUGCUUGACCACGACCUUCCUAAUUGGUUUUUGUCAUGGACUCCUGCUAUCACUGAAAAUUCAGAGAGAGAAGUUUCUUGCCUUGAUCAAAGCGUUGUUGAUUUUUCAGAUUCAGGUUGCAUUGUAAAGGAAAAUGGCUUCUGCGGUCAUAAGCAGGUGAAAGAGAAUGGCAAACAAUCUGUACACGAGAUGCAUGACAAACAUCCAAUCGAGGGAAUUGUUACGGUUGAGGAUGUAACUCAUGCUGUUCCGUCAUCCAUCCUGUUUUCAGCAGUAGUUGUUCCCCAUGUACUUCGUGAGACUGUUAAAGAUGCAGAUGAUGAUGAUUCCUUAUUGCCAGAAGUGACUGAUGCUGGGAUCUAUCCAGCAGAGUCUGAAACUGAGGAUAUGAAAGCUGGAGUAAGAGAACUGGACGAAUCUAUAAGCGAUGCUGCGAUAGCAGAAAUAGAAGCUGGGAUCUAUGGUUUGCAGAUUAUAAAAAAUGCUGAUCUUGAGGAGCUACAUGAACUGGGAUCUGGUACUUUCGGAACUGUCUACCAUGGAAAGUGGCGGGGAACAGAUGUUGCAAUCAAACGUAUCAAAAAAAGCUGCUUCGCAGGGAGAUCCUCUGAGCAAGAACGACUGAGCAAUGACUUCUGGAGGGAGGCACAGAUUCUUUCGAAACUUCACCAUCCAAACGUGGUAGCUUUUUAUGGGGUAGUUCCAGAUGGUGCUGGGGGAACAUUGGCCACCGUCACAGAGUUCAUGGUGAACGGAUCACUCAGGCAUGUCCUGCUAAGGAAGGACAGCGCACUUGAUCAUCGCAAAAAGCUUAUAAUCACGAUGGAUGCUGCUUUUGGGAUGGAAUACUUGCAUUCAAAGAACAUAGUUCAUUUUGAUCUCAAAUGUGACAACUUACUAGUGAAUCUUAGAGAUCUCCAGCGACCGAUAUGCAAGGUUGGAGAUUUUGGAUUGUCAAGAAUUAAAAGAAAUACCCUGGUUUCUGGUGGUGUGCGAGGAACCCUCCCAUGGAUGGCGCCGGAACUAUUGAAUGGGAGCAGUAGCAGGGUUUCCGAAAAGGUUGAUGUUUUCUCUUUUGGAAUAGUUAUGUGGGAAAUCCUGACAGGGGAAGAACCCUACGCGAAUAUGCAUUGUGGCGCGAUCAUAGGUGGAAUCUUGAACAACAAGCUUCGACCGCCCAUACCGGAACGUUGCGAAUCCGAAUGGAGAAGGUUAAUGGAACAGUGUUGGUCACCGGAUCCCGUGGCACGGCCCUCAUUUAGUGAGAUAACCGACAGACUGCGUGCCAUGUCCAUGGCAUACCAGCAGAAGGCACAGACUCGAGCAAACAGAUGAAGCUGCCAAUUAGGGGAUACUUUCCCUUGAAAACACAGGCUUUUUUUCUUUUUCCUCUUUAGUCCUUGUUUUCGAGUGGCUUUAUGUCUUGAGUAUUUAUCGUCCAUUUGAGAAUUGUGGACAAGUGUAUUCCUUUUUUUCUUCCGGACAUGAGUUACUACCUAUUCUUUGUGGUGAUGCUACAACAUAUUCAAGUGUAUAAAGAAUUUUGUCCUUGUGUAAUGAGAUGAUAUGAUGUUAGUUUUGCUCAA